UUGAGCAGUUAUUAAACUCUACCUCAAGAAUAAUCUAAAGACUUGCAUGUAGAUAAACACUUACAUAAGACCACUUCACCAAAGUCUUGAUAUGAAAGUGUGCGUUUAUACUCGUGUAAUUCUAAACUUGAUCAUCGCAAUUAUGUUCAGCCCAAGAUUGAGCUAUAUUGUAUAUUCUUUGGUCAAUGAGACAGUCGAUCAUCCACAAACAUACAACCAGAAACACUCCGUGGGGCUUCAGCAGGGCGAUUUGUUCACACUGGCACGAUACAAAGUAAGCCCAAAACAUCAUCCCACUGGACCAGUACCUGAUCUACUUUGGAUCCCUGGCGAAACGCAUUCCAGGGAUCAAACGUUACCUGUCGAGGAUCACCUGCCCAUAUUCAACCGCCUCCCGGACGUGUCGGUAAAUUGCUCGAGCGACGGUUUUGUCUUAAGGGUUAAGCGGGCUUUUUACGGUUUUACCGCCACCCAUGAGGAGCUGACGCUCGGGAAAACCUGCAAAAGUAACGGAGUGCUCGAGCCACAUAACGAUCUGCUUUUUAUAUACGCGUUCACGGACUGCCAGGGUGAACAUCAGGUUCUUCCUGAAUAUAUCGUGUUUAAAUAUUUGCUUCGUUACGUGCCGCAGUCAAACCGGCCCAACUUCCGGUCUCACCAUGUAAAUGUGGGUGUCGAGUGUCGCACUGAAAGGCAUAAUGUGCAGAGUGAUGAAGUAAGACCUACGUGGGGGGUACCAUUGCAUAAAAGUAUCAGGAGCCGAUUGGGUGACUUCCGGAUUCAGCUCAUGGAUGAUUCCUGGUCUUCUCCGGUCAGAUCUGCUGUCCAUAUGCUGGGUCAGAGAGUAAAUGUCCAGAUCUCCACUCGCCUUCAAAACGCUGGAGUCAAACUCUUCAUCAACAGCUGUUACGUGACUGGAACCCAAAAUGUGCACCAAGCCACCAAACACAGCAUCAUAGACAACUUUGGGUGUUUACAAGAAAGCCUGAUAAAUCCAGAUGCCAGAUUCAGGUUUUCCAAAGCAGACAACGUUGUUCAGUUCUCCUUUGAUUCAUUUCAGUUCAUUGAUGAUUCCGACGCCAAGGUUUCGCUCCAUUGUGAAGUCUCCGUUUCUGGUGAAGGCCCCAGUCCAGUGCAGAAAUCUUGCUUCUACAACCACGUAAAAAACAGAUGGAUCUCUCUUUCUGGUCAUGAUUCUGUUUGCGACUGCUGUGAUUCUGUCUGUAAUCACACUAAAACCAAACACUUAAUGUAUGAAGGGUUUGGGUUCGUAAGCAGUGAUCAUGUAGUCUUUGCUGAUCCUGUGAUCUCUCCUUUUUCCUCAACUAUUGCUCCUUCAACUCUAGACUCUACGGUCUCGGCUCACAACAAUGUUGAUGCCAUCUGGUUUGAAGCAAAGCGGGCCAAUGAGUCACAAAGGUCCCGUACCCACAAUGAUUUUGCCGCCUCUGUUACACUGAGCUCUUCCGAGGACCAUUUAAACACGCAAAAUGAGUCCCGCACCAGAACAGUGGAACUCACAGAGGAGGUUAAAAAUGUGAUGGAGGUAGAGAAUCAAGGAGAUGUGGAGAUUCUGAUGGCUACCAGUGAGAGCUUUGUAAGUUUUGAAAGACCAGAAGAGAUUACAAAGUUUAAACACAAAGAAACUAGGCAGGAGGUAAAUUCUAUGGAGCAUGCUGCAUCACUGGGCCAGUCAGAACACGGGGGGAAGAUGAAUCUGGUGAAGGGGCUAAAAACAGAUCUUGGAAAGGGCAAAGCUUCAAUGAAGACGUCAGAUGUGGUCAGGGCAAUGGAGGAAAGUUCUAAAAUGGAUGACAUCACACUGGGUGAUGGCGAAACAGAGGAUUUAAUUUGGUCACAUGUCAUUGCAGAUGAGGAAAAUGAAAGCACAGCAAACAAAGAGGAAAAUUUGGGUUUUGUCUCACUUUCAGAGUUUGAAGAGAAAUCAGAGUUUCCAAUUGGAUUGGAUGAUCUGAUGGAGCAGGGUGUUGUGAGAAAAAUGGACUUUGCAAAAGACCCUGAAUAUUAUUAUAUUUCAGAGGAUUUAUGAUUUAAAACUUUUGAGGACUUUAACUGUC